AUGAGCAGCAGCGUGAGCAAGAAGGAAGCGAAGCGGCUUGAGAAGAAGCGGCAGCGCUCCGAGAAGAAGGCUGCGCUCGUCGCCGACGGAAGCUGGACGAGCAACCGGAAGCGGCGAGGCCAGCGCGAGUUCCAUAGCGAGAUGCGGGAUGACAUAGAGGUCAUGGUGGCCGAAACGACCGCGCAUACGAUGCCCGACGGCUACCGCCACGUCGCGCCGUACGAGCACACGUUCCAGGUGCAUGUCAAGGCGCGCUGGUUCGGCAAGAGCCUCUUGGACCUCUUCUUGCUCGAGUUUGGCGGCUUUGACGUGUCGUACUACACGCAGGCCAUUACGACCGGCAAGAUCACAAUCAACGGCGCCAUCGCCGCGACAACGACGCUGGUCCGGGAUGGCGACUACCUCGAGCACCAUAUGCACCGGCACGAGCCGCGCGUCCGGUGCUUUCGCGCCAGCAUGAUCGAGUACGAAGACGACGACAUGGUCGUUGUCAACAAGCCAAGCACGAUUCCGGUGCACCCGUGCGGCGCGUACCGGCACAACUCGAUGACGUUCAUCCUGGCGAUCGAUCAUCAACGCCACCCGCUGUACCCCGUGCACCGCCUCGACCGGCUCACGUCCGGCUUGCUCGUUCUCGCCAAGUCGCCCGAGAAGGCCCAGACCAUGUCCGAGCAGCUCGUGGAUCGAAGCAUGCAAAAGCACUACGUGGCCAAAGUUGCCGGUCGGUUCCCGAAUCCCGACCGUGACGCGACGUCGUCGUCCUUGUUCCCGUCGUUUGUAGAUGGCGUCGUCACGGUUGCAGAGGACCGAUGGACGCCCUACUGGAAGGUCGAUGCGCCGCUCAAGCGCAUCUCCGAGAGCGAGAACCGGCACGGAUAUGCGCCAGAUGGCAAGGCGAGCCAAACCCUCAUCCGAGUCCUGACCGCCUCCGAUGAGUACAGUGUUCUCGAGUGCCUCCCGCUCACCGGUCGCCAGCACCAAAUCCGCGUGCAUUUGCAAUUGCUCGGGUUUCCCAUCGCCAACGACCCGACGUACGGCCCACCGUCGUUUCUGGCGUCGAUUCCUCUCAAGCGACCUCUGCCCACGACGCCAGUGACGCACGACGUGCUGUGCCCCACGUGUCGGGACGGCGAGGCCGCCUCGUUUAACUGGGAGCAGCUCGAAUGCCAAGGCUUGUGGCUUCACGCCUACCGCUACAAGGGCGCCGCGUUUGAUGUGCGCGUGGCGCUGCCUGCGUGGGCCCCCGCCAAUGUCGUUCUGAAUCAAGGAUAACGCGACGACGACAAGGUGUCCAACAUGACGAGGAAUUCGUGGACUAGACUAACAACAGCAAUGUACUACGACUCUAAAAGGC